UUCAACUUAUGCUUCCUCUUCUCUCAAGCAUGGAUUCAAUUCACAAGUUGCUUAAUAUUGUGCUUCCUCUUAUAUCACUCCUUUCACUCUUCAUCUUCCUUCCGCCUAUUUUGCUAUUCAAGAUUUCCAGUUCUAUAUUAAGGUCUGUAUUCAGCGAAAACGUUUCCGAAAAAGUUGUACUCAUCACCGGCGCAUCUUCAGGCAUUGGCAAGCAUCUUGCCUAUGAGUAUGCAAAAGGGGGUGCUUGUUUAGUAUUGGUGGCAAGGAGACAGAAGCAACUUCAAGAAGUGGCUUGUAAGGCACGACAGCUUGGAUCACCUGAUGUGAUUAUUGAAACCGGCGAUGUUUCAAAGGUGGAAGACUGUAAGCAAUUCGUUGAUGCUGCUUUAAAUCACUUUGGUAGAUUGGAUCAUUUAGUGAACAAUGCCGGGAUUGGUCCGGUCUGCAUGUUUGAAGACGCCACUAAUGUCGACGAUUUUGCUCCAAUUAUGAACAUAAACUUCUGGGGUUCUGUUUAUUGCACCCAUUUCGCAAUUCCGCACCUAAGAAAGAGCAGAGGGAAGAUCGUUGUGAUUGCUUCAAUUGUUCAAUUGCGUCCAAUACCAAGAGUCAGCAUCUACAGUGCAAGCAAGGGAGCACUAGUGAGCUUCUACGAGACACUAAGAGUUGAAGUUGGUUCAGAUAUUGGGAUAACGAUUGUCGCUCCCGGAUUGAUAGACUCAGAAAUGACUAAAGGUGAAUCCACGUCAAAGGCUGGAAUGGAUGGUUUUCCAGUGGAGUCAACAGAGGGGUGCACCAAAGCAAUUUUCAAGAGCAUUUGCAGGGGAGACAGGUACUUGAUAGAGCCAGCUUGGGUGAGGUUGAUACAUCUGUGGAAUUUGCUUUGUCCAGAGGCUAUAGAAAGCUUCAUCCGUUGGGUUUUAAUCACUAGGCCCAACAACUCAAACCCUAACCCCAAUUCUGGACAACUCAAGGCUGACUAAAGACCAUCAAAUUUCCAAUGCAGACUAUUUGUAUCUCUUAUUCGACUUUAUCAUCACAUCCUCUUUUACAUCUUAAUGUUGCACUGUAGCAUUUAUUUGCGCAUCAUGUAUCUUUAUUAUAUCUGAUGAUUAAAAAUAAAAGUGUACUUGUUUUUUUAUUCUUAUUGUACCAGUUUGCGCACACUUCCACUAAUGUUUUGCCUCCGUUGAAUUCGAACAUACAAUGUCAUGGAAGACGAAUACUUUACUAGCUUCCACAUGGC